ACCAAGUCCAAAAGCAUUUCUCUUAAAAAAAAAAGUAGCAGAUCUAAGCAAAACCUUUUAUACAUUCAAGAAAAUGGAAACAACAGCUAGAAGAAGCGGUGUUCUUGAAGGAUUUUACAGAGUAAUUAUGCGCCGUAACUCUGUUUAUGUUACCUUUGUCAUCGCUGGCGCUCUCCUCGGUGAACGGGCUGUGGAUUAUGGGGUUCAUAAGAUCUGGGAGAAGAACAAUGUUGGGAAGCGUUAUGAGGAUAUUUCAGUUUUGGGACAGCGGCCGGUUGAUGAAUAAGUUCUCACUAAUGGAGUUUAUUUGGAUGAGACAGAAGUUCUUGUUAUCAAUCUUUCAAUAAUCGUUUUGCUAAUCGGCCAUGCUGGCUUUCUUUUAAAUAUUUGCUGUAGUUUUGGGAGGAAGUUCAUUGAAUGAAAUACCAACUUGAAAUUUAUGUCAUAUUGGCUUGUGUUUGACACUAUGGGGUUGGACAGGAAAUAAUCAAAAUUGUGCCAAAAAGAAAUACUUUCUUGCAUUUUAUAUGAAAGUAUUUGAUGUUAA